AUGCCUGCUCGUGCAAAGAAAUCAUCUGCGGCCAAGACGGCAGCAGCCGGUGAGGUUGCGAUUGAGGAAGGAACGCGAGAUGAGAAUGUGGAACAAAGAACAAGAUCAGGAAGAGUUGUUCGCAAAAGGGUGCAGGAGGAAAAGAUGCCCAUGACAAAAACUCAACCCCAAAAAAAGACUGCAGCUAAAGAAGCAGCGAAAGAAACCAAAGCAACAAACGGUUCCGUGAAAACGGCCGUGGUAGAGGAGAAGGAAGUGGAAGCGAAGGUACCAACAACAAAAAAGCAACCUGCUAAGCGUCAAAGGGGUGCUCCUAAACGAGCUACUGAGAGCAACACCGACAACGCAGAAGAUAAGCAAAACGAGAUGGUGAUCGAUAGUGAUACUGAAAAGAAUAUCGAUGACAAGAAUGAACAGAACAAUGUUGAUAAUAGCAGCAAUGAAUCUACUGAUGACACCAAAGACAGUGUCACACCGUCGACUAUCUAUGAAUUUACCGUUAAGGAUGCCGAAGAUAACGACGUUUCGUUUGUCAAAUACAAAGGUUAUCCAGUGUUGAUCGUGAAUGUGGCAUCGCGUUGUGGUCAUACUCUCAAGAAUUACACUCAAAUGAAAGAGAUCCUUGAAAAGUACCAUUCUCAAGCAGAUAUAUACGAGAAAAUAUCGGUUAAUGGCGCUAAGGCACAUCCGUUUUAUAAGUUCCUAAAAGCACAACAAGGCGACAAUGAACCGAUCAAGUGGAACUUCGCUAAAUUUUUGGUCGAUAAAAAUGGUUUCGUGGUGAAACGUUAUUUACCGAAAACACAACCGAAGGAUAUUGUUGAAGAUAUCGAAAAAGUUAUCGCAGGUGGUAGCGUCUGA